ACACAAUACAGACAGUAACAUACUCAGUAUUCCUUCUCAGUAGCCUCCAAUACCGCGAACGACCAUAUUCUACAAAAUCUGGAAACUUAUUAAGGAUCUAUUUAAUUUGAAAAAGCGGACCAAUGGCCAGUCAUCACAGUAGUGUUAUUGCUAGUAGCAGUAAGAAGAAAAAGAAGUCUGGCCGAGCAGCUGCUCGUAGGACAACUAACGUCUUCUCCAUGUUUGAAACAGCACAGAUCAAGGAAUUCAAAGAAGCCUUUAGUAUCAUCGAUCAGAAUAGAGAUGGAUUCAUUGAUCGUGAUGAUCUUCAUGAUAUGUUAGCAUCACUCGGCAAGGAACCGAAUGAGAAGCAGCUCGAUACGAUGAUCAGUGAGGCUCCUGGACCUAUCAACUUCACCAUGUUCUUAACACUCUUUGGUGAGAAGCUACAAGGUACAGACCCUGAGAAUGUUAUCCUUGAUGCUUUCGGCUACCUGGAUGGAGACGGAACUGGUAAGAUACCAGAGGAUGUAUUUCGUGAGAUGAUGAUGACAAUGGGGAGAAGGUUUAGUGAGGAAGAGAUGGAGGAGAUAACACGUGGUGCACCAAUCAAAAACGGUCUCCUAGACUACCGUGAGUUCACACGUACUCUCAAGCAUGGAUCAUCGCGAAAAGGGGACAGAGAGGGCGGCAAACACAAAACUUAAGUUCACGAUAAAUGACAUAACAGUGACACCGAUGAAAACGACUCCAAACCUACCAAUGGUAUCUCAUUAGUGAUAGAAAGCACAUAAUCUAAAGCAUUAUUACACACAAGUGGUACACUCAAGAUCGACUGUAAAUAGUGAACAGCCGAUACGGUCAGCCGAAUUUAAACCUUGUGAAUUUAAAUAAAGCUAAGAGAUUUGAAUUUAAAUCAUUUUAGAUUUAAAAGGUGAUUUUUCAGAU